UAGACCAAACCAACCAGGGUUGAGCUCUAGUCAUUUUGGAUAAUUUAUUUUUAUUCUAUUUCUAUUUUGUUUGUUUAUACAAUAUCAUUUUGGGGUGCCCCAAAAUAUUGUUCACUUAGAUAGAGACAAUACUCAAUAGUCACCAUUUGCAGUUUUGCACGACUUUGUUAAGUUAUUAAUUGCAAACUUUAUCUUAAAAGAUAAUGCUCAUUUUUCUUUUGCAUUUUCUGGGUUCACCAAAGAGGGUAAGUUUAAAUCUGCUAACUUUUUUUUAAAACACAGAAUAUCAAAAUUGGAUUCUAUGGUGGACAAAAGAUGUAGGACAAACACAGUAAUCUAAUAACAAAUGCGAGACAUCACCAUCCGCACAUUGGAUUUCAAUGACGUUUUCUAGGUUGUUUGCUUGUCACAUGGCAUCCUUUUGCUAGUUUUUGCUACCAAGGGCCAUAUCUUCUCUUAUUUUAAUUCUUGUUUCAUGUACAUAUCAAAUUAGAGAAAGUCUAAAGUCACAACUUUUGUUAUAUUUAUGAGGUGAUCAAUUGUGAUUUAUGGAAGAAAAAAAAUGGUUUGGUUCACGUGAAUGAUUGUUCACCACUUAUAGUUGACCACUUCAUCAAGUUCUGACAAAAAUUAUAACGAAUGGUAUGAUAGUAGAACUAAUUAAAUUAUAGCCAUUUAAUUUUCUAUUUUUCAGAUUUGGAAUAAGAACCGACCUGUGUACUUACCCCUGAUGAAAAGGUCUGAAAAAAUUCAAAACUAGCUAGUCUUUUACAAGGUCAAACUUAUUCAAAAUCCAGACUUUGAUUUGAACAACAUGUGAACAAAAUGUACUAGACCAUAAUAAGGUUUUGGGGCAGCUAACUAUGGUGCCACACGGCCGUGAAGAAAACUCCAGGCUGAGUCUAAAUUUCUCUUUUGAAGAAUUUGAAAUUAGAACAAAGUAUUGUUAACGCCAAGGAAGAGACUUCUUUGGUUUAUGAUACAUUUGAACUUUAGGCUAAAUUGUCAAACGUAUGUUUGGACUUCCAAACCAAUCUUGCCAAUUGGGUAUGAUAACUUUAUACAUAUAUAAUAUGGAAUAUAAAGAAUGAUCUUGUUAUUGUUGUAAAAAAUGUUUCCCAAAUAUAGUUUAUAGAGAGUGCAUAAUGUAGAAAAGCCAUUGCAUAUUUGCAUCACAUAUAUAAGACACACAGAAAUUAUGCAUGAGCAUGACAUGCACUUCGUACGUAAUAGGAAGCCUUGGUAUCAAAGAGCAAUUGGGAUGGCCACUCUAUGGAGAAGCAUGUCCAAGUCCACGGCAGUUCCUUCAACAAAUGCUACAAUAUGGAAAACCAUUACCAAUUCCACAGAAAUUCCGGCGGCGAAUUCCAAUAGAAACAAGCUAAGAAAAUGUACCUCUUUGAAGGUUGCCACAUCGUUUACUCGAGUUUGUCUUUGUGCACCAAUCUCUUCCUACACUGAGAUUUUCCGAGCUGAUGUUCCACCAAGAAGAAGCAAUAGUUACCCAAGAUCAAAGCCAUUAAUUCCCACAGCACAAGAGAGAAUUCCUAGUGCAAGACUUAGUGUGGAAGGGAGAAGAGUUUUUCGGGGCAAGUCGUUGACUGAUGAUGUUUUAAUGAGGAGAUUUGUUGUUGAAGAAGAAGCAAUGAUGCAAAUUAGAAGGAGGAAUCAAAUGGAAUUGAUAAGGAAGAGGAGUAUUAUGAGAAGGAAGAACCUUGGGCCUAGUCCUCUUAGUAGAAUGGUUUUGGCAGAGGAGGAACAAGAUAAUAAUUAGAUGAGAAUAGUUUAUAGUUUGCUUGUGUCCAAACAGUACAAUUUGGAAAAAAUUUCCUCUUCAUUUUUCAGUUGGCUUAAUGGGUUUUACCUUGUAUGGGCAAUUUUUUGCUAUCUAAUUUCUUGUGAAACAAAUUUAUCCAGAAUUAAUUGGAGUGGAUAAUUUUUUUUUAUUUUACCAACAGCAAAUGGGCUAGAGGAAUUUGAACUUGGGUUUUCCUCAAUAGGAGAAUUGGAUAAUGCCAUUAAACUAUAAUGUUUUUGGUUGUAUUGGAUGAUUUUAAA